AUGGCGCGGGCCAUGCCGCCGAGCCCCUCUGCCCAGCCUCCGACCCUGCAGGCGGCGCUGGCUGUGGGCGGCGGGCGCAACGCCUGGGGCGCCCCGGACGAGGAGCCCGGGCGCAGCGCCGAGCCCCAAGACCCGGAGGCGCAGCACGGCGCAGAGGCGCGGCCGUCGGCGCAGCCGCGGAGCAGCGCCGUGCAGGGCGCGGGGGCCUCGCGCCAGAGGGUCAUGGCGCAGAUCCGCGGCGCACGCAUGAUCCGGAAGUUCAAGGACUUCCUGAAGGAGCCGGAGGCGGACGCCGAGGACGAGCUCCUCGACGGGUUCCGGCCGCCGUGGCAGGCGCCGAGGCCGCAGGAGGCGGGCCUCCGCCAGGUGGCGUGGCAGGAGCCCGCGGGCCCGCAGGACGGGGCGCCGCUCGCCGGCGGCCCCGGCUCGCAGGGCUUCCACGAGCUCCUGCAGCGGCUCGCGGCCGUGCACGACUCGGAGGUGGAGGAGAGGCGCGCGCGCUGCGCGUGGACAGCGCCGCCCCGCGGGCGCAGCUCGGGCCGCGGGGCCGGGCCCUGGCCACGGCGGGCGCGGCGCUCCCCGGCGGGGGCGGCAGCGCUGCGCGCCGCUCCACCUGUUUUUGUGCUCAUGCCAUGCUCCGCUUCCCUGCAGGAGGGCCUCGGGCCCACGGCGGCGGCGGCCCGGGCAGAGCCGCACGCCGGCCCCGGCGCCGGGACCCCGGUGCUGGCCAUGGUCGCCGAGGACUUGGACGGCGACGACCCCCGCUGCUCCUCGGGCGAGCGGCACGACGAGGGCGGUCGGGCGUCGGAGCUCGUGGGCGGCAGGGAGCACCACGCCACGUCCGGGCAGGAGUUCACGCUCCAGGCCCACUGGCUGAAGCCGGCGCACUCGAAGGACUGUUCCACCAGGUCUGUCGCCAACGAGGCGUCGUACAUGGGCAUGAACUCCAUCUGGGGCGGGGUGACGGUGGAGCCGGACUCGGAGGACAUGGAGUCCCAGAAGGGCUCCAAGAGGUGGUUCCCGCAGUAUCCCAACAGCCAGUCGCGCAUCCUCUGGGACUGCGUGGCGGCUAUUCUGGUGAUCUACGACGUCGUCAUGCUUCCGCUGGCGGUCUUCAAGUUUCAGAAGAAUGACUUCGUGAUAUCGAUGGACUGGAUCACGCUGAUCUUCUGGACGAUCAACAUGCCAGCCUCCCUGUGCGUUGGCUACGUGGCCCAUGGGCACAUGGUGAUGGACAUGCGGAGGAUUCUGCUGCACUAUUUGAAGACCUGGUUCAUCCUGGACGUCCUCAUCCUCGUGCCGGAUUGGACAUUCAUCAUCAUCAACGAAGGAGGCGAGGACGUAAACUCGGUCGGCCAGAGCCACACCGGGGUGGUGCGCAUUCUUCGUUUGAGCCGCAUGGCACGGCUGGUGCGCCUGAUGAAAUUGCGGAGGUUCCUCCAGAGCGUCUACUACGCAAUCGAGAGCGAAUACGUCAGCAUCCUGAUUCACAUCGUGCAGAUGAUAGCGCUCGUGCUGGCAUUCUGCCACAUGAUUGGGUGCAUGUGGUUUCUCGUCAGUGACACGCAGGACGGGAAGCCAACCUGGGUGAACGUCCACGGCUACGAUGAGGAAGACUGGCCGUACCAAUAUGCGCUCGCAUUCCACUGGUCGAUCACGCAGUUCACCCCGUCGACGAACGACAUCGCCCCGAAGAACAUGGCUGAGCGGGUCACGGCCAUCUGUGUGGUGGUCUUCGCGCUGGUGGGUUUCGCCUACAUCGUCGGCAGCAUCACUGGGUCGCUAACGCAGCUCCGCAGCUUAUCGGAGGGGAGUGCGAAGAUGUUCUGGGACCUGCGCCGCUACCUGACCCACUUCCGCGUGCAGCCCACGCUGGCACUCCGGAUCGAGAAGUACUUGGAGCACGCGUGGGCGCGGCAGCAGAAGGGUAUCCACUCGAACAGGGUGCGGUUGCUGGCAAUGCUCUCGGAGCCACUCAGCCGGGAGCUUGACCUGGAGAUCUACAUGCCGAGCUUGAAGGUGCACCCGCUCCUCCUCAACCUCAGCGAGGCCAGCCCGCUCACCAUGCAGCGCGUCGCGCACUCGGCCAUCCGGGAGAACAAGGCGGCGCGCCACGACCUGCUCUUCGUGCCCAGCGAGCCCGCCGUGAACAUGUUCUUCAGGGUGUCCGGCAAGCUCUGGUACCAGCCGAACGGGGAUCAGGUGGGCACGAUGGUGAGCCAGGCUGAUGAAGGUUGGGUGGCCGAGCCGGUGCUGUGGGUGCACGCCUGGGAGCACAAGGGCGCGCUCACGGCCGCCACCGACGCCGACCUGCUGCUGGUCGACCCGGUGCAGUUCAGCCUCGUGGUGACGCGCAGCCCGCGCUCCUACGAGAUGGGCGUGCAGUACGCGAGGGCGUUGGUGCAGUGGCUGAGGCUGCACGCGCAGGGCGAGGCCAGCACAUCCACGGGCGAGGUGCUCCGGCGGGCGGACCUCGCCUCGAACGGCUUCGAGCAGAUCUGGAUGCAGGCGGCCAAGGUCAACUGGUCGAACAACCUGCACCUCGGUCGAACGAAGUCAAGACUAGGCCUGCGCGGUUUUUAG